GAAUGUACAACACAUAAUAUAUCAGUUUAUGUAUAGUAAAGUAUUAUUGGCAACUUUAGAUUCCCGAUUCAAGAUCACUUUAAUUUAUGUAAAUUAUGCACAUCCGAAUUGAAAUGAAGUUGGCUUUUUGCAUAUUGCAUUUUCUUAUGCACGUGCACCGAUCAGUCGCGAAAAUUCAGCACCAUAUUUGGGAACUUAUGUUCGCUAUUUUAUUCAGAAACUUCGUUUGACGAUGGCCACUCUGGCGAUUUUUGCUCUUGUACUAGCGUGUUGUAACUUUUUCCCUAUUUUCUUGCAUUUUUAAAGUAAAUCAUCCACAAUAAUGGCGACAGACAGUUUUCCCAUUUCGGGAAACGACAAAAUAACAGUCUCGUCGAUUCUUCGUCUGUCAAGACCUGCAAUCAUCGUUCGAUCGUAGUAACUUUUUUCUGCAUUACUAAGCAUAUGAUGAAAAGACACGUUUAGCAUAUGCGAUUGGUCGGUGGUUAAGGUUGGCCGAUCUUCUUGUUAAUAUCUUGAAAUUUAUUCUUCGAGUACGUACAGUGAUCACACGGAGCCUCAAUAAAAAUUUACCAUUUGAUAGAUUUGUCAAUGAAAAGAUAAAAAAACGUGAAAUGUUUUGCGCGAUGAUACCGACUAGCACUGUCAGUCGAUCGAUUGAAAUAGGCCUUCAUCUUACUGGAAUAUGGCCGAAUUCUUCGAUUUUUUUUAAACUACUUUGGAUAUUGGUAAUGGGAAUAGGAUUAAUCUUCCAGUAUUAUUACCUUCUGACACAUUUCAGCACCAAGGAGUUACCGAAUCUGAUAGACGGUUUAAGUACUACUUUGCCACAUAGUCUCCUUUUCUUCAAACUGAUCGUCCUGUGGGCCAAUCAUCGAAUAUUCAAAAAUAUCCUGAUAGCGAUGUCCAACGAUUGGCACAAAUAUUCCAAUAUGUAUGCCAUGAUCGACAAGGCGGUCCUCGCACAUCGCUGCUCAAAAUUGAUCAUCACUGUUUAUUCGAUAGCAGUAUUGCUUUACAGUACCGCUUCUAUCAAUCUUAACAAGCAGAGUGAUGACGAUUGCCGAGAGUUAUUAAUAAAGAUGGAAUUGCCUUUCGGAUUCUGCGAAUCGCCGAUCUAUGAGAUCGUAAUGUUCGUGCAAUUUGUUCGACUAAUAGCGGUCGCCUCCGCCAUAGGUAUGCUCAACGCAUUAUUGGUUACGUUGAUGCUGCACAUUGGUGGACAAAUAGACCUUAUGCAACAAGAAGUGGAAGAGAUUUUUGUCAAAGAUAACAAACGUGAUUUAUCCAUUAUCAUUGUGAAAUCUUUAAUCGAUAAGCAUCAUAAGAUUAUCGCUUUCUCGGAGAGCAUCGAGAGUCUUUUCACUCACAUCGCUCUGAUGCAAUUUUUCUCGAAUACUUUGAUCAUAUGUUGCAUCGGAUUUCUUAUAGUAACUUCGUUGGGCACAGAUGAAGGCGUUCGAAUGUUAGUAAAAACCUUGUUUUUUUACAUCGCUAUUACUUUAGAGGCAUUUAUCUUUUGUUUUGCCGGUGAAUAUCUGAGUAAUAAGAGUAAAACAAUUGGCGAUGCUGUAUAUGGAUCUGUUUGGUACAAUCUCAAGCCUCAAGAUAGCCGUAUUUUACUAUUUAUGAUCAUGAGAUCGCAAAGACGACUGACAAUUACUGCGGGAAAAUUUAUGGAUUUAUCGCUGGAAGGAUUCGCAAAUAGUUUGAAAGCCUCCGCAUCGUAUAUAUCUAUUUUAUACGCAAUGUAUUAAUUUUAAUACUGAAAAAAAUGUAUAUACUUAUCGUUAGAACCAUGUAUACACGCUGUUAGAAGGUAUUUAUUUCUUUUUAUAAAUUAAUUGUACCAAUGUAAUA